AAAGUGUGCUUAUAUUGACUGAUCCAAUCACAAUGGAGACUCAUUUGUUUAUAGAAUACUUUAGAUGUUAUGAAAUCCCAAAUGUGAAAUUAAAAGGAAAUGGUUAACCCUUUUUGAAGUGAUUAUUUUGAGUAAGCAAUAUCUUAAUUGGUUACUCAAAAACAAACAAACAAACAAAAAAAAAAACAACAACAACAACCAUCGUCAUAAAUAAAGAUGAACCUGUUGCAGAGAAAUUUUAGCCCUUUUAAUUACUGUAAACUACAUACUUUUCAGAUAAAGUGCAAUGUGUGUUAAUUAUGUGUUUGUUGAGAACCACUGUGUCACGUCAUAGAUCUUCUUUAGCUUCACACUUCAAUAAGCGGCAUAUUGCAUUGGCAAUCCUUUCUGUGCAUAGAUUUCACAUGCUGCAAUGGCCUGCAUGGCUCUUAAACAAAUGAAGCAUAUUCCUGACUAGCAAGAAGAAUAACCUUAUGACAUACAGUAACUUGAAUACUGACCAGUGAAUGUUGAUAGCAAUGCUUUUUUGCAUAAAGGUGGACCAAUAUUUAAUACUUUAAUUAGGACAAUGGGAAAAUAUGUGGAAACCAUUUUGCUAGUUACAAUACAACAACUGAAGUUUUGACCAUUCUUAACAAAAACAUGUAUUUUCAUAGUUUAAUAUGUCUCACAAGCUCAUUAUGAUAUUGUAUGGGCUUUGAAAAAGAAAAAUCUAGUCUCCACUUUUCUCUUAGAAAAGGUCAUAGAAAAGCAGUUUACACCAGAUACAUCCUACAUUUCUAAUCCACUGAUUUAAAAAAUAAAAACAUUAUAAAACAUUAUUCAGGAAUUAUAGUCAGCAGAAAAGACAUCAAAUGUAAGGAGGUAAGGUACUCGUUGAAUAUUUGGCAUGCUCUCCUUUGGGUUACAGAAUCGGCUGCCGGGCACAUAGUGGAACUUAUCUCUCACCCACUUGUUCCUUCAAAAAAGCUCUGUAAACAGCAAAAAUAUUCCUCCCUGUUUGAUGCCAUUGUAAACCUUUUUCUUUUCCCCAUGGCAGCCCUACGUCAAGUGUUGUAACCAAUAGCAUGGAGAGAAAAUGAAAAGAUGCAAACGAACAGUAAUGAGCUGGAUCCUAGAGGGAAGGGCCUAACAUCUCAGUGCCCUCUCUCUCCAUCUGUACCCCUCCCGUACCUCUUAUGCUCAGAUGAUGAGUGCCUCCCUUAGUGGAGAUUGACAGACUGUGAAGAACCUGCUAUCAGAACAGUAUAGGUUAGUGCUGGAUCCAAGGUUGCACUGUACUAAGAAGUAAUCACUCUUCUGUUCUACCUGUUUUCUCUCUCUGCAUUUCUCUCUUUCUCAUCCAGAGGAGGCUCUUGAGGUACCAGAGCCAGACGUGGAGGCUGUCAGACCCCGAGUGGGACACGGUAUUUAUCAGUAAACAUGACAAACCCUUGCACGUUGGCUCUGGAACUGCUGGGGAUGCUGAUUGGGACAGGAGGUUGGUUCUGCACACUGGCUGCCACUAUCAUGCCUCAGUGGCUGUCACUGUCCACUGAACUUUUGGCCACAGAGAGCUUUGAGCAAGGGCUGUGGGAGUCCUGUGUGAUGCAGGAGAUAGCUGGCACCGCGUGUCGUCCCUAUGACACUAUCCUAGGCCUGAGGCAAAUACUCACGCUGGCUCGGAUUCUGAUAUGCCUGUCGGAUGCCACAUCUCUUCUUGGACUUCUCCUGGCUAUCCCUGCAAUGAGUCAGAUCAACUGCUGUAAGGGCGAAGAGGGGCAGCGGACCAAGCGGGGUUUGAAGAUCACAGCUGCAGUGUUUUUAUCCAUUGCUGGAUUACUGGCACUUGGUGCCGUCUCGUAUGUCGCCCAUGACACUGUACAGAAGUUUUUUGAUGAGACGAUACCUAAUGUAGUGUCACGUUCAGAGUUUGGGGACGCACUAUUUGUUGGCUGGGCUGCAGGAUUUCUGGACGUCGUUGCAGCCGUAUUGUUAUUUGCGUCUUGUUUUGGCUCAAGAGACAGUGAACCGCAUCUGGUUUAUCACCAUCAGAGACAAGUGAUCAGAACUGUUGAUGAACCUUCAAGGCGACACACUGAGUAUGUUUGAGUGUACAUUGUCUUCAAAUGCUUGUAUAGACUAUUGAUGGAACAGAAAACAACUAAUUUUAGAUACUUUAUGAACUGACUUAUCUUUAUCUUAUUAAGGUUGUUUUCCCUCUUUUAUACUUACACUCAAUGUAUCCUUUAAUCAAACCCAUGAAAAAGUAAAGAAUUAUUAUGCAUUUAUCUUUCAGUAUCUGAGUAGUCUAUUUGAUUCUCCUCAUUUGUCAUAUAGGUAACAUAUUAAUCUUUAAAGUUUGUCAGUAUGUUUUUAAUUGCUUUCAAAGAACUGUAGUGAAUGAAAGGUAAUAACUUUUUUAGUAAACAGUUUGUGGAUUUUCAUAAAGGAAUUUUGAUCACAAAUAUUGUUUUCUUUUUUACCUUUUGGGAUAUAUUUGAGGUGUUUUCCCUAUUUUUUUUCCUUUGCUGUCAUAAAGUGUUUAAAAUGUUUAAAGGUAAGACUUUGGUCACACUUCUUUAUUGGGUAUUCUGCAGCAUGCCUUAGCACACUGC